GUUUAAAUCGCUUUAGAAAUGUCGAAUGACACCGCAUUAGAGGUGCGGUACACACCUAAAAAUCAAUCCUCCGGAGUACGUGGUAUAGUGGAAAGCAGCAACGUUACUCGCGAAUUAAUGGACGAAAAUUGCAUGGAAAAUAGAAAUGCAAAUCCAGAACGUGCUCCGCGCUCUGUAAGGGUUGCAAAUGACACAUGUGGAUAUUGUUCUAACUGCAAUAAACAAUGUUGUGAAAAUGGCGCAUGCAAGCGAUCAAAACGAGAUGACAAAAUGCGGAGAAACAGGAAUGAUGAGACGAAACCUUGCUGUUCAGAAAAGAAGAAAAAAUCAAUCUUUUUCAGAAAAUCAACAAGUUUAUUACUGUCUGGAUUCUGCAUGUUAGGAGUUACUAUUAUUUCAAUCGCCGAUAUUGCAACAGAUGUAUUAACAGCACGAGAAUACUAUCUGACGGACCGCAUGGUUGCAUUCGGAUUAUCUCUCGUCUUUCUAAUCAUUCCUCCCAUACUUUUAACCGCCGGUAUCAUUCGAAGAAGAGAUGAUAGUAUCAGAAAUACAACAACUUCAACAACCUCAUGUUGCAUAAAGUUCGUCAUAUUUGUCGCGAAUGUUCCAUUGAAGUUGUACAUGAUAUGGCUUCAGAUUGUUUUCUCAUUCACGUGUUUCAAAAGAUUUGCAAAAUGGAGAAAAAGCGGUUGUCCUUCACAAGAAGAGAAGUUGAUGGGGGGAUCGUUGUCUCAUUUCAUAACAGAACUGACUUUGUAUAAGUUAUGGAAUAGCGUAUUCGAGUCAAUGCCGCAGCUACUACUCACAAUUCACGUAAUCAUGACUUCACCGCAAGUUAUUUUCACUGAGCAAGGAUCUCUAUCAAACGAAGGAUAUCUUUUGAUUGCUUCAUCAUCAUUUUCAUUUGGUUCACUUUGUGUCGGCAUAAUUUUUUACGUCAUCAAAGCAAAAGAAGCUGAAUGCCAACCUGUCAGUUCAAAACGACAAAACCAGCCGUUACGAUCGAAGUCAACGAGGCUUAAUAUUCCGCAGAUCGUGCUAAUCUCGGUUUACACCGUAUGUUUCCUCGGCACAAGAGCACUCUCUCUAAGUUACUUCAUAGUAUUUUAUGAAUGGUUUGCGAUCAUAGUACCAGCUCUUCACUGGAUCGCUUUGUUUGUAUUCUUUACGUACAGACGUUACAUCAAUCAGAAUAGCACUAUGCACCAUUACCGAGUAUCAACCUAUCAUCGACAAAGUUCAAGUUUUGUUUACGUUUUCGUCCACAGCAUCAUCAGCGUUUUUAUUCACAUAAAACCAGAAUGCGAAGAAGUUCUCGAUCAACCAAAGUUCUAUAAAAUAAUUUAUUAUUUAUUCUACACGAUAGAAAAUUGUAUAAUGAUGUUAAUGCCACUGAUAUUAAUGUCUUUGCCAGAGUUUACAGUUCAGGGCAAUUCCUCGUGGAUCUCCAAUGUCGAAUUAGCAAAAUACGAAUACUACACUGUCACUUAUGUCGUGCUCGGUUCCUUAGCAAUAGGAUGUUUCUCGUGUGCAAUUUAUCAUUUCAUGGUUCAUAAAUCAUCGAGUUUCACAAGAGAACAAGUCUUUGGACCCUGCUGUAAAUGCUGCUUCGGUCCUGGUGGAUUCCUUUGUUUUUCAUGCUCGUGUUGUUGCUGCUGUAGAAACAGAGACGAAAGUAAAAUAUUCAUUGCUUGCAAGAACCUCCACACUCACGAAAUUGUCAAGACAUCCCUGAAAGAUAUGAAGUUGUGGAAGGAGACAACAGAAAGCAAAUUAUUAAAUAAGAAGCCACUGAGAUCCUGGAAGAAAUUACAUAACGAACUGAACGCUUCUGCAAGGAAAGAAAUAGAAGCAAACAGUGAAAACAGCCAAUCUGAAACAAGCGUGGAUAUAGAGCCCGAUCCAACAUGUCCUUAUACAAUGCGUCGUUCUGGUCUUCAUAUUCUAUCUGAUCCCCAAGGAAACUUGUUUUAUGCACCAAUAGCUGACAUUAGAUUACGAACAGAGAUAAUUACGUAAUCAUUACGUUUUCUGAUCUGAUUUCCUUUGUUCGUGCUUUUGCGCUAUAACAGAUCUUAAUUCAUCUAGCUUGGGCGUGAUUGCGCCCAAAAGUGGUGAUAUUCGAAGAUGGUCGUUAUCUCUCAUAAACUACUUCGUGUUCAAUUUAGCACUCGGCCUACACGCUCUUGAACAUAUAAUCCGACUUUAUUCCAUGGGGUAUUAUUAUCUUUGGUAGAUGCUCAGUAUUGUUGUCUGAUCGAUAGCGGACAUGAAAUCUGUAUCCACAUUUAAGGCAUUUAGAGCUUGCCCAAAUACCUUGUUUGUGAUCUUGGGCGGUCUUAGGUCUUUCGCAAGGAAAAUGAAAGUGUUUAAAAAAUGAUUCAUUGCUUUUAACAGUUUAUAUUGCAAUCAGACGGUUUUUCCCGAUUUCAUACAUUUUUCAAUUUGCAAUUUAUUUUAUGAAGCACUUACAUAUCGUUAGAUACCAGUGUGAGCUGGUACAGGGCCUACUUGUUCGUAGCGAAAAAAAUCAUAAAAACACUUCUAACCACUGUCUUUCGUGGUAGUAUUUAUAUUCCAGUUUUAUAAAAUAACUCAUUGUAUAUGAUAAAAAAUGACUUCCUAUUUGUGUAAAAAUAACAUUUUGUGCAUCAUCGUGUACUUAUUGAAACUUGUAUUGAUGUGAUAGGCUUUUAGAAACACAUUCUUCCCUAUAUUACUCCAGUCAUGGUAGUAGUUAUGCAGUUUGAUGUUUCAGUUAAAUAGAGGAGGCUUGCAAAACUCCAGACUAUUUCAGAAUAUAUAAGCGACCAUUCCUUAUGCUGUGUUAUACCGAGUAUUACCUGCGUUUUUUCACAUUUUUCUUCAUACAUUUUCCUGUUAUGAACUACUUGCUUCUGUUUUACUUCACAUUUUCUCAUAAAUAUUUGUACCCUCUCGCUUGCUUAGUCCCUCUGUCAUGCCUAACCCCCACCUGAUUUGAUCUUACAUGAUCUCAAUAUAUUUUUAACUGCUGUUACUGAGGAUACUAGAGUAUUGUGCAAGAACUGCAAGUCACGA